AUGAGGCUAUUUAACUCGAUUUUGUUAGCUGCCGCUUUUGCUCAAGAAGAAAGCUGCUUUGACAAGAUUGACAACUGCCAGAGUCUGAAAGAACAAGGCCGAUGCAGCGUUUUAAACAUCAAGACUGUCCAGUGUCGUCGAACUUGCGGCGAUUGCCCGAACGGAGCAGAUUACAGCGACAGGUGCUAUCGAGACUCGCCGUGCAACGAGAAAGGGACUGUGGGAGGAAACGCCGAGGGCUGCAGCAGCAUCGAUAGAGCGCCCUUCUUCAAGUGUAAAUGCAAAAAGUACUUUAGCGGCACAAACUGCGCCACUUUCAACUGCCCCUGCAAAAAUGGCGGCCAAUGUGCGCAGUGCUACGCUGACGAAUGCCAAACCACUCCUUCCUGCAUCUGCAAAGAUCCUUUCCAAGGCAAAUUUUGCGAGAAACGAAUCGCGGAGAAAAAAGCUCCUUAUUACGGACCCUGGUCGAACUGGGACAAGGCCUCUUGCGACGGAUUCACUGGACAAACGCGGACUCGCUACAGAUAUUGCACAGACGGGACAAAGCAGAGAAGCCCAACUUGUUGCAAAAGAGGCAGCAUCAAGAACAAGUUCUGCAGGAUGGAAUACGACGGCGAGCCAGUAACAGAAACUCAAAAAUGCGGCUCUGGACCGUUUUGGAGCGAGUGGAGUGCUUGGAACAGGGCUUGCGUUGCGGAAAAUGGAGGCAGAAACAUUUGGAGAAACAGAAAGUGCAUAGGUGGAAGAGCUUACGUUGACGAAGGCUGCCGCGAUCGAAACCCUGGAAGGAGGCAAACGAAGCGCUGUCCGACACCGCGAAAAGUCGGUUUGAAUUAA